AUGCAACGUUCAUUACCAUACCCGCAAAUUCUCCGGUACCUGACCCAAAUCCGCGCCAAAAAACUGCCACGCACCGACGUUUUCAUCAACCACAGGCGAGCUGACACGAACAAGAAUGUUGCAGGGUUGUUGUAUGAUCAACUUGCUAGGCUAAAACUGAGGCCAUUUUUGGACAGCAAGACACUAAAGCCUGGCGACAAGUUAAUGGAGAGCAUCGACAUGGCGAUACGUGAUUGUAAGGUUGGGAUCGCAAUUUUUUCGCCCCGUUACUGCGAAUCAUUCUAUUGUCUGCAUGAGUUGGCCAUGAUUAUGGAGUGUAAGAAGAAGGUGAUACCGAUUUUUGUGGACGUAAAACCGUCGGAGCUUAGGGUUGUCGAUGAUGGAAGCCGUCAGGCCAUGGAGUUGGUUAGGUUUAGGUGGGCUGUGGAGGAGGCUAAGCACACAGUUGGACUCACGUUCGACUCAUCAAAUGGGGAUUGGUCAGAUCUCUUAAGAAGUGCUUCGGAUGUGGUGAUGAAGAACUUGCUUGAGGUUGAAGGCGAAACACCACUCCACAAGAACCAAAAGCCACCCCAAAAGCAAAAUAUUUGA